UCUAAUAAUGUAUUGACUUUAACAUAUUAUAACCAUCUACUCAUCUAGAAAACGUUUUAAAAUCCAGUGUUCAAAUCAUAAAUAUGACUAGAGAAUAUUAGCAAAUACAAUAUGUAUUUAUUUACAAUCAACUUUAUCAACUACGAAUUCUAGACGUGCAAAGUCAAUCAUAUUGGAAACUUUUAUAAUUACUAAAUUAAUAAAUAUGUUGGCAAAAAUGUCAAGAAAACACACGCACACAAGAAGACGGUCUUCUUUAAAUAAUUGGGUACUAGUAGGCAGACGAAUGUCUUUCGGACAAAGAACAAGACAUACUUCUCUUCUCUUCUUCCAAAGGUUUCAACUUAAUUCAUCUUAUCCACCACCGCCAUGAGCCACAAGAAUCACCACUCCCAGCGGCCAAGCUAUGCUACCGACCCAAACACCAUGUUUGUUCAAGCAGACCCCUCCAAUUUUCGAAACAUCGUCCAAGAACUCACGGGAGCACCACCGGAACUCUCCCCCGUCUCCACCGCACAGCAUAAGCUUCCUUUAACUCCAAAGAAACAAGCAUUCAAGCUCCACGAACGCCGUCAGUCAUCCAAGAGGAUGGAGCUGAAGAUCAACAAUGAUUCUUUGGGCCAGUUCAACCGCGGGUUCCUCGUCUCACCGGUCUCUCACCUCGACCCAUUCUGGACGCGCGUGAGCCCACAGUCAGCACGUGAGAAUAACCUCGCCAUGCCGGAAAAGGAAGAGCAAAAAGCCAUAGCCGAGAAAGGGUUUUACUUCCUUCCGAGUCCGAGAAGCGGGGACGAGCCAGCACCGGAGCUUUUGCCUUUGUUUCCUCAACGGAAUGAAAACGAUUAUUGCCACUCAUCUUAUUAACUAAAGAGUUCUUAUUGAUCGUAAGUUAGUGGCACUUGAUAUCGCUGUUGCUUUUUUUUCUACUGUUUUUGUUAGGGGUAGCUAGUAUCCGUUUUUUGUUUCUUAAUUAACCUUUUGGACCUUUAUUAAUUCUAUCAUCCCUUCAUUAACCUUCUUGAAGGGUCAACUAUUCCGGCGUGUGUAGUCCACUUCCUUUAGAAUAUAAAAUAUUUAAAGUAUUUGUAGUU